ACAGGUAAAAAACCAUGCCGUCUAACGUCAGAAAGAAGAAACGUUUAAAAAAAGUAACAUGAAAACAAUGUCCGCUCUAGCUCGGUGACACUAAAUUGAAAGAACUAACAAACAAAGGUAACAAAUAAUUCUCAUACUCACGUAAUAUUCACCCUGUCAAAUUUCACCAAAAAGCCACCACGCAGCAUGACACAUCACGACAGACGAAAUCCUCAAGGUGAUAAUAGACGCCAGUUCAACUUCUACACUGAGGAAAAGGCACUCAAGGCGGUGAUAUUCGUUUAUGUACCUUGUCUGCAAGUGAUUCCCGACGUUUCAGCACCUAGGCAACAGUGCUUGGACAGUGGAUUGCUGAAAGGAAAAACACCUAGUUGGUUACAUACUACAAGGCAACAGCAAAUCAGACAAACGAGACAGCAAUCAAUUCACAACCGUCACAACUGUCAACUGUGUUUAUUUAUCCUAGAGAAUCCAACAAGUGCGAUCGUACGUAAUCUAACAGCAGGAUCCAUUGUUAAAAUGGAAAUUUACGUGUCGCAGUUCAGUAGCCAAAAGAAUAAAUAA